UUCUUUCAAAUUCCUCUCUCUCUCUCUCUCUCUCUCUCUCUUCGAUUUCAAUUUAAGAAAACCUAGCUAGCUUAGCUUGCUCUCUCCUCUGAAUUUGAUCCUCCCUCUGGACCUCCUUCCAGAUUCUUCUUCUUCUUCUUCCUCAUCUGCCUGCAGUCCGUCGUCAAUCAACAAUUGGCGCAGGCAACAGAUUAAUCAAUCAGGCAGCUGAAGUGAUCGGAGAAGGAAUUGAUAAAAAUGGAUCAGCUCACCCACGGCCGUCCUUUGCCACCGCCGUUUCACGCCAGCGACCUCCAGCUCCACCACCACCACCAGUUCCACCAGCUUAAUCCGGCGGACGACGGCCAGAGUGCAGGCACCGCCACCAACCCCAACCGGGGAGCCCCCCUCAAGCGAGAUCUCGACACCACUUUCGGCCUCCCGACCACCCCCACCUCCGACGGCGGCAAAGAGCUCGUCCCGGGGGACCAAUCGGAGGUCACGAGGAGGCCACGUGGCCGCCCCGCCGGCUCCAAGAACAAGCCGAAGCCGCCCAUCAUCAUCACCCGCGACAGCCCCAACGCCCUCAGAUCUCACGUGAUGGAAGUCGCCAAUGACUGCGACAUUCAGGAGAGCGUUUCGACCUUCGCCACUCGCCGCCAGAGAGGCGUCUGCAUCCUCAGCGGAAACGGCGCCGUUUCAAAUGUUACCCUCAAGCAGCCCUCCGCCCCCGGCGCCGUCGUCUCCCUGCACGGAAGAUUCGAAAUUUUGUCUCUAUCGGGUUCUUUCCUCCCACCGCCGGCUCCUCCGGCGGCGUCGUCGCUGACCAUAUACUUGGCCGGCGGGCAAGGGCAGGUCAUGGGGGGAACCGUCGUGGGCCCGCUAAUGGCCUCCGGGCCGGUCGUCCUCAUGACGGCGUCGUUUGGUAAUGCAGCUUAUGAACGGCUGCCGCUGGAGGAUGAGGAAGCGGCGGUGACAGGAAGCGGGCCGCUAGGAUCGCCGGGAAUAGGCAGCGGCGGCGGCGGCGGCGGCGGGGGACAACAAGGUCAGCAACUUAUGAGUGAUCCAAACGCCGGACUAUUUCAUGGGAUAAAUCAAAAUAUGAUGAAUCCAGGAUUACCAGGUGAGGCAGCGUAUUGGGGGAGUACAGGUCGGCCUCCAUUUUGAUGAAACAACCUAAGCUGAGAUUGAUUAUGGGGACUCGUGAAGCCAUUAAUUUUCUUCUGAUGACAUGAUGAUGAUGAUGAUAUUUUCAGUUGAAUUCUCCUCCUUGACGUGAUCCAUCCAUUUCUUCAUGUAAGAGUAGCAGUGCUCGGUUUUUUUCCUUUUUUUUUUUUAAUUAAAAUAAUUAGUAGUUUGUGGAGUUCUUGCUUUCUAUUUAGGCUUGCUCGUGAAUUCUGAUUGAAAAAUUUAAGGGUUUGUACAAAUUGACCAUCUUCUUGGAUUCGUCUAUGGUGAUUUAA